AUGAGAGCACUUUCUAUACUACUAUUGCUAUUGACUACCACUGCAUCCAUGGCAGAAAUGGACAUGCAUGGGGAUAAAGAAAGGGCUGGCCAUGAAGAUGAACACGGUAAUGUUGUAUCAUCAUCCCCAUCUCUCAAAGGAGAUUCUUCUUCAGCAAGUGUCGAGUUGACAGCAACUACUGCUUCACUACAGCCAACUCCUCACGUCAUGAAACAUCAACAUGGUGUUCCUAUCUUGGAAACUCACUUGUUACCAGAGGAACGUCUUUAUUGGGAAAAUUACAACACAACAACUUAUUUCACUGUACCUUCAAAACACCGUCCUGCCUUGUAUAUUCACAUUGUAUUGGGUUUAGUUUGCAUUUUCAUUAUUUAUCCAAUUGCUUUAAUUUUCAAUAAUUUGGGAUUAACAAAGACAUAUCUUACUACUUUGUUGGUACAUUCUGUCGCUAUGGUGUUGUCAAUGUUAAAUUAUACUAUUUUCAUCAAUUCAAUACCAAAUUUAUACCCGGGUAAUGCUUACAACUCAAUGAUUGGUAUCUUGUUUGUCACUACUAUUUUACACUUUGUAUUUGCAUUGAUUACUAGUAUAACUCCAAAAUCGGUCACCAAUUCAAUUUCAACCGGUGCUACAUCAACCAAUGCCAAUGGGGGAGGCUCAUAUUUUACCCUUCACUCGCCACCUAUUGGAUGCUCAGACUCUGAUGAGGAUGUUGAUGAACAACUGCUGGUUGAGUCGGCUCCAUUAAACUAUGAAAAAGUAUUUACACCACAAACUAGAUUACAAAAGUUUAAAACAUGGGUGGCUGAAACCAAAUUUCACCACUUUUUUAAUGUCAUUUUCAAUUUAUUGAAUUGGGGUCAUUUCUUUUACUACAUGGUUUUGGUUCCAACUGCAGUUGCUACAUUUUGUGUAUAUGGUGAAGGUAAAAAAGUAUUUAACUUGUUGGCCCAUUUCAUCAAAGGUGGAGUGUUUUUCGCGUAUGGUAUACUUACAUUGGCUAGAUAUAGUGGUGCAUUCACCAAUAAAGGAUGGGCUUGGAAUCAUAAGUUUGUGAGUGCCAAAAAGGGCAAUGUUCAGAACUUCUGGACUAGAUUCCAAAACAGAGGGCUUUGGACAAUGGAAAUGAUUGAAAGCUCAUUGAUCUUGUUUUAUGGAUCAACCAACAUCUUUUUGGAACACUUGUCAAAUGCCGGUGGAGAAUGGUCACCCAAGGAUUUGCAACAUGUGUCAAUUGCAUUCAUUUUCAUCGGAUGUGGAUUAUGUGGUGUAAUCACUGAAUUGAAAUUGCAAGAUUGGCGUUAUGAACAAGCAGUGGCAAACUUGAGAAAAUUGUCUUCAAAUGGCCAUUCGGAAAAUGAAGAGGAAACUGCUGCUGCAUUGAUUGAUGCCAAAGAUAUUGUUAAAGCCAGUCCCGGUUACAGUCCCAACCCCUUCCCAAUUGUUACCAUUUACUGGACAGGUAUUCUCAUGUCUAAACAUCAACAAGCUUCAGAGUUAUCCACUGAUAUUCAUGUGCAAUGGGGUAACUUGUUUGUUCUUGGAUGUGCAUUCAGAUUCUUGACAUAUGUUCUUUUCUUGUUGCAUGCUAGUACACCCAAGGAUUUAUCCAAACCGAGUCGCCCAGUGACUGAAUUGAUUGUUGCAUUUAGCUUAUUGUGCGGUGGUUUAAUCUUUAUGGAGUCUACUGACCCAGUGGUUUCUUCAUUUGAGUAUUACGGAUUAACGGCAAUGUUUACUUUGAAUGUAUCAUUGGGAUUCAUUACCUUGUUUAUGAGUUGGGUAAUGGUGCUUUUCACAUUUAAAGACUGGUUGAAGAAUAAAGUAGCACCAAAGGAAGUGGUGUAA